AUGGAAAAGUUUCGACCAUAUCUUAUGGGGGCUAAAGUUAUAGUGCACACUGAUCAUGCCGCCCUUAGGUACUUGAUGAUAAAGAAAGACUACAAGGCAAGAUUGAUGAGAUGGGUGUUACUACUCCAAGAGUUUGUUCUAGAAAUUGUGGACCGGAAAGUGCAAAACAUGAUGGAAAAAUUGAACAAGUCUCUGAAGUUGCCAGUGCGGCCGCACUGGUGUGACCAAUGUGAGGACUGUCAGAAGUUUGCCAUUGCGGCCACACUGCAUUUUGUGCGGACCGCGGUGGACCUUUGCGGUCACGGUCUGUUUUGUGCGGACAGUAGAGGUUGCCUUCUCAAACUUCUUCUAAACAAACCCAGCGCGGGCCACGGUCCAUUUUGUGCGGCCUCGCUGAUAAAUGGUUAA